AUGGCCGAGCAGCAGGGCCGGGAGCCUGAGUGCCCUGUCUGCUGGAACCCCUUCAACAACACGUUCCACACCCCCAAAGUGCUGGACUGUUGUCACUCCUUCUGCGUGGAAUGCCUGGCCCACCUCAGCCUGGUGACUCCAGCCCGGCGCCGGUUGCUCUGCCCCCUCUGUCGCCAGCCCACGGUGCUGGCCUCUGGGCAGCCUGUCACGGACUUGCCCACGGAUACUGCCGUGCUCACCCUGCUUCGCCUGGAGCCCCACCAUGUCAUCCUGGAAGGCCACCAGCUCUGUCUCAAGGACCAGCCUAAGAGCCGCUACUUCCUGCGCCAGCCCCGGGUUUACACGCUGGACCUAGGCCCUGAGCCCGGGGGCCAAACUGGGCCCCCCCCAGACGCAGGCCCUUCCCCCAGGUCUCUGCCCAUUCCCGUCCCCAGCCACUACUCUCUGAGGGAGUGUUUCCACAACCCUCAGUUCCGGAUCUUUGCUUACCUGAUGGCUGUCAUCCUCAGUGUCACCCUGUUGCUCAUCUUCUCCGUCUUUUGGACUAAGCAGUUCCUUUGGGGUGUGGGAUGAGCGUUGCUUCUGGACAAGGAACCGAGUCUUUCCUGACUGCUGCUGGGGAUGGGGACCGCAGAGCCUCAUUUGGGG